UUCCCUCGUCUCUCGUUUGAGAAAAAAAAAAAAGGUUUCCCACGCGAAGCCAUCUCUUCUCAAUCAACCAGCAGCGCUCGAGAGAGGUUUGGGUUGAAGGAUCUGCGAGGGCUUUCCGUUCGUGAAGGAGGAGGAAGAGAUGGCGAAGGGGGAGGGGCCGGCGAUCGGGAUCGACCUGGGCACGACCUACUCGUGCGUCGGCGUAUGGCAGCACGACCGUGUCGAGAUCAUCGCCAACGACCAGGGGAACCGCACCACGCCGUCCUACGUCGCCUUCACCGACACCGAGCGGCUCAUCGGCGACGCCGCCAAGAACCAGGUCGCCAUGAACCCGACCAACACCGUCUUUGACGCGAAGCGGUUGAUCGGCCGGAGGUUCUCUGACCCGUCCGUGCAGAGUGACAUGAAGCUAUGGCCGUUCAAGGUCGUGGCUGGCCCUGGCGACAAGCCGAUGAUCGUGGUCAACUACAAGGGCGAGGAGAAGCAGUUCUCUGCUGAGGAGAUCUCCUCCAUGGUGCUGACCAAGAUGAAGGAGAUCGCUGAGGCCUACCUCGGCUCCACCAUCAAGAACGCCGUGGUCACCGUCCCUGCCUACUUCAACGACUCCCAGAGGCAGGCCACCAAGGACGCCGGCGUCAUCUCCGGCCUCAACGUGAUGCGCAUCAUCAACGAGCCCACCGCCGCGGCCAUCGCCUACGGGCUCGACAAGAAGGCCACCAGCACCGGCGAGAAGAACGUGCUCAUCUUCGACCUCGGCGGUGGCACCUUCGAUGUGUCGCUGCUGACCAUCGAGGAGGGCAUCUUCGAGGUGAAGGCCACCGCCGGCGACACCCAUCUGGGUGGGGAGGACUUCGACAACCGCAUGGUGAACCACUUCGUCCAGGAGUUCAAGCGCAAGCACAAGAAGGACAUCAGCGGCAACCCGCGCGCGCUGCGGCGCCUGCGGACGGCCUGCGAGCGCGCGAAGCGCACGCUGUCGUCCACCGCGCAGACCACCAUCGAGAUCGACUCGCUGUACGAGGGCAUCGACUUCUACACCACCAUCACCCGCGCCCGGUUCGAGGAGCUGAACAUGGACCUCUUCCGCAAGUGCAUGGAGCCCGUGGAGAAGUGCCUCCGCGACGCAAAGAUGGACAAGAGCACCGUGCACGACGUCGUGCUCGUCGGCGGCUCCACCCGCAUCCCCAAGGUGCAGCAGCUGCUCCAGGACUUCUUCAACGGCAAGGAGCUGUGCAAGAGCAUCAACCCCGACGAGGCCGUGGCGUACGGCGCCGCCGUCCAGGCCGCCAUCCUGAGCGGCGAGGGCAAUGAGAAGGUGCAGGACCUGCUCCUGCUAGACGUCACGCCGCUGUCCCUCGGUCUAGAGACCGCCGGUGGCGUCAUGACCGUGCUGAUCCCGCGGAACACCACCAUCCCCACCAAGAAGGAGCAGGUCUUCUCCACCUACUCCGACAACCAGCCGGGCGUGCUGAUCCAGGUGUACGAGGGCGAGCGCGCCAGGACCAAGGACAACAACCUCCUGGGCAAGUUUGAGCUGUCCGGCAUCCCGCCGGCGCCUCGCGGCGUGCCCCAGAUCACCGUGUGCUUCGACAUCGACGCCAACGGCAUCCUGAACGUGUCGGCGGAGGACAAGACGACGGGGCAGAAGAACAAGAUCACCAUCACCAACGACAAGGGGCGGCUGAGCAAGGAGGAGAUCGAGAAGAUGGUGCAGGAGGCGGAGAAGUACAAGGCGGAGGACGAGGAGCACAAGAAGAAGGUGGACGCCAAGAACGCGCUGGAGAACUACGCCUACAACAUGCGCAACACCAUCAAGGACGACAAGAUCGCCUCCAAGCUGGGCGCGGACGACAAGAAGCGCAUCGAGGAGGCCAUCGACGGCGCCAUCAGCUGGCUGGACAGCAACCAGCUCGCGGAGGCGGACGAGUUCGAGGACAAGAUGAAGGAGCUGGAGGGCAUCUGCAACCCCAUCAUCGCCAAGAUGUACCAGGGCGCCGGCGCAGACAUGGGCGGAGCAGCGGGCAUGGACGAGGACAUGCCGGCCGGCGGCGGCGGCAGCGGCGCUGGCCCCAAGAUCGAGGAGGUGGACUAAGCUGGAUGCUUAAUCCAUGGAUGGGGUCCGUGCUGCGUGUGAUGCUUCCACCUGUGUUACGCCGCUCGUGUCGGUUGGGUAGUCUGUCGUUUCGUCAUGUUAUCGUGGUAGGAGUUUAGUUGUGGAAGCAGGAGACAUUUUGAAGUUCGUGUUUAAAAACUUGGAUGCUGAGCCCUGCUCAGCCUUUGGAUAUGCAGUGAAAUGAUGCUUCCUUAA